AUGGGUCUGGACUCUCGCUACGAUCGGGAUCAGCGCAGAAGCCUGAGCGCAAUCGCCCUCAAGCAUCGUCAGAGCGCAUCGCUUGACUACGCUGACGCGGAUAACAGCAUGGAGCAGUCAGCACACGAAAUGGACACCAUUACGCACCAGGCCAACAGAUAGUGUUGCUACGACUUCUACACCUGCGCGCACUCCAAGGCAAGCGUAUAAACGCCACCACCCCGCUCCUGCUCUUCUGCCUCCAAGCCCGUUUCAGAUCUGGUAAUCGUGCCGCGAUAUAGACACUCCUGUAUUAUUUUGGGGCUUGUGAACAUAUCGCUGAUUGUCCGCAUCUGAUUUCGCAGGUGUCAGUUAUGUUUGACGAAUUUGUGUUUCACCUCUCCCUCUCCUAUUAUGCCUAACUAGAUGCCUUAACUUCUGCAGCUAUCGGAAAACUGCCCAUUACAAAGCGUACUGAUUUCCUCACCACCCGCCCCUCUUCGUACCCCACCUACAGACGUAACGAAGUUCAUAGCUGGGUGAUAUGUACGUGUUCCUUUACUUGCUUGUCAGCCCCAUUCCAACCCCGCCCACUCUCUUCUCUAUCGCCUUCCUCGUCGUCUCUUUUUUAAAUCAACUACUGGUUGGACUUGGUUUCUACUGAGACUUUGUAUUUAUUUCUAGACUUAUAUAUACACACACACACACAUGCACAGCACCCAACCAAAUUUUGGUUGCACGGGUGUAUCUUGGUGAGACUUCGCAGCUGUGCGUGUACCUUGCCACGUCUCCAUCCACUUUAGCCGUUCCUUUUUCGGAAGUUAUUUGCUGUCUCUGUUUCCACACCUGUCUUCGCUCCCUUGACGUUAGUUAUCACUAACAUACCUCCGAGCACUGUACCUGUAUUUGCUUUUAUAGACUUCAGCUUGUCUUAUAACUUGCUAUUAUGACUGUUAUGACUACUAUCUAAUGCUUUGUCGCCUAGCUGAACAUCUUGAAAAUGCAAAUGAGAGAUGAACUUGCAGUGUUUUUCACAAAUAUCACUGCCCUCUCUUCCGUUGCUCCUACCUGGGUUCGUUUUCGUGUGCGCCGGUCCUUUUGUCUAGUCCAUCGUGUGUCGUGAUGUGCCUAUUGUGAUAUCAGCAUUUUCGCUUCUCUACUAUUGCCACCACUUAAUCGAGUUCUCUGAAUUACCGUUAUUAGUCCAUCUAGCCCAUUCGUACCACGUAAACAAGAAGUGGAAAGUCUGUUUGCUGUUUUAACCAGAUUUCCUCUGCAUUGCUCCCACGUGUCUCUUCCACCCUGCUCGCGAAUGAUCCUUCCUUCCUACUCCAUUGUCGUUGUUACUGUUCCGACCCUCCCCAGGCAGCGGAGGAACUAGCACGAGAAGUGUUUUGAAAUGAGGGCGGGUGAUUCUGUCUGAUCUUCGCCUUCUGCCUCCGAACCUCUCCACUCUCGCUCGCUCCACCCCGCCCCCUUCGCUGAUAAACCUUUAUAAUUGGCCAUGCCCUCGCGAAGAGGCUGUUCUAAUUUAUUCAGACCCUCUCGAAGUCGCAUCUGCAGCCAACUUCUCUGUCCCACCCGCACUCUUCCCUACUCGCCGUCCCACCGGCAUCUGAAGUCUCCCCACCCCUCCACGGCUUGACAGGUGCUUCGCUCUUCCCAACCCAUCUCCGCUCCCUUUCGACCUCUCUGCUUAGCCGAACUUGCACGGACUUGAAUGCCUUCUGAGUUUUGACGACUGGCCGCACUGGAGAGUUGACCUCUUGUGGGAAAAUCAGCAUACUUAUCAAACGUUUCUAGAAAGAUUAGUUGCACGUUCUCGCUCCCAAGUCAAAGGAUGUUUAGCCUCAAAUUUUAUAGUACUUUCUCGGAUGCAGUUAAGGGAUUUCGGAAGUCAUAUAAGCAGAUAUUGGCACUGAACCCAGUUAGUUUCAGGCCGUAAUCGUCUACGCUCCUGCAUAAUUAUACUAUUGAGCGUCCGAACAACCAGAUGGCCUCCACAGGGAGCGCGGGUCGUAGGACUGGCGUUUAUGCCCCUUGCGGUGUCCAGAUUUUACAAACUACGAAGCCAUUUUGAACUACUGUCGUGAUGGCGCCUGCUUCCUUAUCCCAACCGAUCGGCCCCUAGGCAGGGCAUGUGCUGUGGGCAUAACCAACGAAUUUUCUCACUUUUUCGCUGCGGAUGUAGCCAUCCUAGGCACUCUACCCUUUCACGAAUGGAAGAGAAUAUGCGCAUCCCAGGUUCUUCUUUAAAAGAAGACGAAGGCACGAUCACUGGGACGGUAGAUUUAUUGGCCUGAGCUUUCGAACUCGAACUGGAGUUCAGCAUCAGAGACUGCUAGAGUGCAGCAACGUGUGGACAUUUAUAUCGUUGUUCCGUGCGGGGGGAACUACGUCCGUGGCUAGGUCUGGUUUGUGCCGCCUGUUCCACGAUGGUCUCCCGGCUUGGUGGCGCCGUUCGUACUUCGCGAUGAUGUGAGCUGCGCCACCUGGCUGCGUGGGCGGAGCGCGUGAUAACACACGGGCAGAUCGAUGUGCCUAUUGAUAGAGUUGGUGUCUGACACCCACGCCUCCAACAGUUCUCGCCCCGUCUUGCUGCCGGCGUGGGUGUCGGACACUAACUCUAUCAAUAGGCGCAUCGAUUUUCCUGCGUGUUGUCUCGCCCACGCAACCAGGUGGCGAAGCUCACAUCGUCGCGAAGUUCAAACGACGUCACCACGCCGGGGGACCAUCGUGGAACAGGCGGCACAAACCAGACCUAGCCACGGACGUAGUUCCCCCCGCACGGAACAACGAUAUAAAUGUCCACACGUUGCUGCACUCUAGCAGUCUCUGAUGCUGAACUCCAGUUCGAGUUCGAAAGCUCAGGCCAAUAAAUCUACCGUCCCAUUGAUCGUACCUUCGUCUUCUUUUAAACUUUACCCUUUUUUAUGAUUCUCCAGCGGAGGGAUGGGAAGGCGUCUCCACCGAAACUAUAAUGACCCCUCAUGCCAUCGUCGGUUAA